UGGCAGAAGUCACGUGAUCUCGCAGGAGCGCCUGCUGCCAGAAACAUUGAACUGCUUUGGCUUCAUCCAGACGAGUGUCAAGCGUCAGUGGAGUGGAGAGCGAGAGCGCGCAAUACUAUAAUCAUGACAUCCACAACAGCAGAAGCCGAAACCCGCCAGAGACUGCUGCGAAACGUGAAGAAGGAGGUCAAGCAGAUCAUGGAGGAAGCAGUCACAAGGAAGUUUGUUCAUGAAGACAGCAGCCAUAUUGUCUCAUUCUGUGCUGCUGUUGAAGCCUGUGUACUUCAUGGGUUGAAGCGGAGAGCUGCUGGUUUCCUACGAAGCAACAAGAUAGCUGCACUCUUCACCAAAGUGGGCAAAAGCUUCCCUCCAGCUGAGGAGCUGUGCAGAAAAGCCCAGGAGCUGGAGCUGGUCUUUGAAAGCAAACGAAGUCAGUCUAUCUCAUACAGUGAGAGCAAUCGUAAGAUGACCAAAGUCCCAAACUUCUCGCCUCAGGCUGUCAGACACUUGUGGAUCCACACUGCACUCAUUGAGAAAGUGCUGGACAAGAUCGUACUGUACCUGGUGGAAAACAGCAGUAAGUUUUACGAGAAGGAGGCUAUUCUAAUGGAUCCUGUGGACGGCCCUAUCCUCGCCUCUUUGUUGGUGGGCCCCUGUGCAUUAGAGUACACUAAAAUGAAGACGGCAGAUCAUUUUUGGACCGAUCCUUCAGCUGACGAGUUGGUGCAAAGGCAUCGUAUUCACAGUGGCCACUGUCGACAAGACUCACCCACAAAGAGACCUGCCCUCUGCAUUCAGAAAAGACACUCCAGUAGUAGUAUGGAUGAAAGGCCAUCGCCCUCCCCCUUCGCCAGAGACUACGUGGAGUCUCUUCAUCAGAAUUCCAGAGCAACCCUCCUGUUCGGCAAGAACAACGUACUUGUGCAGCCGAGGGAUGAUAUGGAAGCAAUCCCAGGGUACCUCUCUUUACACCAGACGGCUGACAGCAUGACUCUGAAAUGGACACCAAAUCAGCUUAUGAACGGGUCCAUGGGAGAUCUCGACUAUGAGACAAGUGUUUAUUGGGACUAUGCCAUGACAAUCCGUCUGGAGGAGAUUGUGUACUUGCACUGUCAUCAGCAGGUGGACUGUGGGGGAACAGUGGUUCUGGUUAGUCAGGAUGGGAUUCAAAGACCCCCACUUCGUUUUCCCCGUGGUGGUCACCUCCUACAGUUCCUCUCCUGUCUGGAAAAUGGUCUGCUGCCUCACGGUCAGCUAGACCCCCCACUUUGGUCCCAGAGAGGAAAGGGUAAAGUAUUUCCUAAGCUAAAGAAGAGAUGUCCACAGGGAUCCUCAGACUCUGUCUCAGACAAAGAAGAGGAAGAAGCAACAGAUUAUGUCUUCCGCAUUGUUUUCCCAAACAGGCAGUCAGAAUUUGCGGCUCCAGAAUUGAUCGAUCAGGGAGUAAACAUGUGGCACCCAACACCAAGGAAAUCAUCUUGCUCUUCCUGCUCACAGAGUAGUUUCUCUGAGGGAGCACUGCCUAAUGGAUGCAACCAUGAAAGGGCCCCUCUGAAGUUGCUGUGUGACAAUAUGAAGAACCAGAUCAUCUCCCGAGCUUUCUAUGGAUGGCUGGCAUACUGUCGUCACCUGUCCACGGUACGCACUCACCUGUCUGGCCUUGUCAAUCACACUAUUGUGGAACCAGAUGUGCCCACUGAUGCCUAUGCUGGGCUCACAACAGAAGUGUGGCAGAAGUUUCUUGAAGACUGCAGUACCUAUGAGGAGAAGGAUUUACUGAGGCUAGUUUAUUUCGGUGGAGUUGACCCUACUUUGCGAAAGGAAGUCUGGCCUUUCCUGCUGGGUCAUUACCAAUUUGGGAUGUCUGAGGCUGAGAGAAAAGAGGUGGAUGAUCAGAUGCGAGCUUGCUACGAGCAGACAAUGAGUGAAUGGCUAGGGUGCGAGGCCAUUGUUAGGCAGAGAGAAAAAGAACAGCACGCUGUGGCGUUAGCCAAGUGUUCGUCUGGGGCGAGUACAGACAGCACCACACAAAGAAUAAUGCACCGUGACUCCACCAUCAGUAAUGAGUCCUCGCAGAGCUGUAGUUCAGGCAGGCAAAGAGAUUCCAGGCUGCAGAGCGACUCCAGCAGCAGUACUCAAGUGUUUGAGUCUGUUGAAGAAGUCGACCAGAUUGAGUCUGAACCCAAGAGUGAAGACAUGAAACAGGUUUCCAAAAUCUCAAAUGGAACACCCCAAAAUGGCACCAGUUCCCCAGACUCUGGUCACCCCUCUUCCAGAAACUUCUCUGUUACUUCCGGUCAGUCGGACUCCUUGAGCACAGAAGACAGUGGGAUACAUGACCCAAGCCUUAAAGUGCAGCUACAGCUAGCAGUAUCAAAGGAAAGGUUUGAAAGUUCAUCUGGAGAGGAAGGAAAGCUGACUGAGGAAGGUGAGACCAAAUCGGUUGGGAAACUAGGUGUGAGAGACUAUAGUAAAAUUGAGGUUAACAAAGUGUUGUCUUUGGAUGCAGUUGGGACAAAAUCAGAGAGAAGCAAGAAAGCCACAGAGAGCUCCGAUAAAAGGGCAGAGGUCGAGACAGGGGAGUUGAAAACAGCUCGAGAUGCUUUUGAGGCUCCUUCAGCAGCUCACAGCCAAAUGACCGAAAUAGAAGUGGGCGAAUCUCCAGAGAGAACUUUGACAUCAAAAAUUGAAGCAUUGGCAGAGCAAACUGAGUCAAAUAUUCCCAAAGCAACAGAGGCCGUGGACUCGACUCCUCCAGAGCCGAAGAUGAAUGAGAAUCAGGUAAAUGUGGACAUUGAAAGGUCCCACAUGGGAAUUAAAGAUAUUAGAGCAAUCCAAGAGAAUCCUUUGGUAACAAAAGAUCAUAAAUUAUCAGAUGCACUUGUGCAGAAGAAGGUUGUAGCUGAAACACCGGUGUCUAUUUCAAAGGACGAUGAUACAGAGGAAGAAACGGCAAAAACCAAUGAAACAAGCCAAGAUAAAGACUCCAAGACAUACUUAGAUGAUGCCAACAAUAUUAGUGGCACACAAAUAGCUUUAAGACCAGGUGAUGAGAAAGAGAAGACGACUAUGAAGACCAGUGAUUUACCCAAUGAAGCUGGAACGGCAGCAUCGGUACUCCCAAAAACCACUGGUAAAGAGAAAAUAGAAGAGAAAGUUGUUAUUAUGAGGACCACACACAAAGAUAUGCAGAGAAAUGCUCCAGUAGUUGAGGAGAUGGUGGUUCCUUUGGUGCAUGAAGCUUUUAGCACAAGAGAGAUGGGUGAACAUGAUGCAACUGAGUCCGACGAGUCUCCCUCUGCCAUUGAAAUGGAAGAAAUUCCUAUAGCUAAAGUGUCCAUGGCCUGGGAAAGGAAGAGUUCACCCAGAAGCAAGGGUAAUGAGCAGGCAGCUGUACCUAUAUUGGAACUCAGGCUGGAGGAAGCUCAUGGAAAGCCCAGCUCUGAUGGAAUGAAUUCUGAGGAGCCGGAGAUGGAGAGUCUUUGCCCACAGCUUGAUUCACUGGCUGUGAACACUACGAUUGAAGCUAUCUCUCCAGUUUCCUCUAUAGGCACCACUUAUUCUCAAGAGCUUUUGGACAUGUACACUCUAAAUCUGCACCGCAUAGAUAAAGACGUGCAGCGCUGUGACCGAAAUUACUGGUACUUUACACCUGCUAACUUGGAGAAACUGCGCAAUAUCAUGUGCAGUUAUAUCUGGCAGCACCUGGAAAUUGGAUAUGUCCAGGGCAUGUGUGACCUGCUCGCUCCCUUGUUAGUUAUUCUAGAUGAUGAGGCCAUGGCUUUCAGCUGUUUCACUGAACUAAUGAAAAGGAUGAAUCAAAAUUUUCCUCAUGGAGGUGCGAUGGACACCCACUUUGCCAACAUGAGAUCUCUUAUCCAGAUCCUAGACGCAGAGCUGUUUGAGCUCAUGCAUCAGAAUGGAGACUACACCCACUUCUACUUCUGCUAUCGCUGGUUUCUUCUUGACUUUAAAAGAGAGUUGGUGUAUGAUGAUGUGUUCGCUGUUUGGGAGGUCAUCUGGGCUGCUAGGUGUGUUUCCUCCAGCCAUUUCGUGCUCUUCAUUGCUCUUGCAUUGGUGGAGAUUUACAGAGACAUCAUUCUAGAAAACAAUAUGGACUUCACAGACAUCAUCAAGUUUUUCAAUGAAAUGGCUGAGCAUCACAAUAUCAAGCAUAUUCUGACCCUGGCUCGAGACCUGGUGUGCAAAGUGCAAACACUUAUAGAGAACAAGUGACUCUGAAGCCGCUCACCUCUGUUGUUUAUCGUGUUGACAGUGCAACCCAUCAGCCCUUGCUACAAAACAACAAGAAACAUUUGGCCAAAGCUUAAUGAGCUUCAAGUAUAUAGUAACAUUUGCAGUGCCAAAAAUCUGGAAUUGGAAUUAGUCAGUGCACAAUUUUUAGCAGAGUCAUCUGGCUCUUUAAUCAGGUUUUACUGAACAUCAUAAUACAUAAAAUGUUCUAAGCCGAUGCUGCUAAUGAGUGGUCAUUCACUGUUAGACAUGGAUUUUUAUCCUGUGUCUAAAAUGCAGUCAGGAUUACCAAUUACUAGUGACUCAUAGGCUCUAUUCCAAAACCUAGUGCGCUCUCUUGCUGUCUGCUGCCUACUGCUUACAUAAACUGAAAUUGAACAUCAUACAUGACUGAUUUGUUUCUAAUUGGAUUCCAGUAGGAUUUGGUUAUAUGAUACUCAUCCAGUACACACACACACACACACAUACUGGGUAGAAUAGUCCGAUUUAAACAUUUAUUGAUACUUUUUUUGGUGAAAACAAGUAUUUAUAAACAUUUUCUUCAUUCAUAUGAUGCUGCCUUAGAAUUUGACCAAAAGAACAUAUCAUAGAAAACAGCAUAAUGUUGCAGAAGUGUGCCUAUGAUGCCUUAAAAUGCUGCCUAUGUAAGCAGCUCACUAGGUUUUGAAACAAGAGCAAUAAAAGUUCAGGAGUUCAGGUCAGGUGCAUUUUACUGCUAAGAGGUGGUCAACACUAGAUUUCAUGUUCCGUUCACUUUCACAUAUAAGGAGUGUGCUUAUUCUGUACAGACCACUGUUUGUGAUCAGUCUGAUUUUUUAAUUACUCCUGUCUGCAUUGUCACACGAUCUUUCAGAAAUCAAGAAACAUUUCUUAAUUAUGAAUAAUGUUGAAAACAGUCGUGCUGUUUAACAUUUUGUGGAAAAUAUUAUUUGAUUAACAGAACAUUGUUUAUGUUAAAUAUAACUAUUUUGUAACAUUAUAAAUGUUUUUACUGUCAAAUUUGAUACAUUUAAUUCUUUCUUUGUUUAAGUAUUAAUUUUCCUUUAAAAAAGGAACUUUUCUACAGUAGUAUAUUUAUAGAGUUUCAUCUUGCACUACAUACAAACUUAAAUUAAAAAUAUGUUUGAUUUGUAAUGCCAUUGGAAACUGUAGUAGAUUUAUAGAUGUUUAUAUAUUUCCUUUUAUUUAUCAUUUAUUAAAAACAGAACCCUGAGAGCAUGAUAUUUGUUACAGUGUUACAUCUAAAAUAAAUAGGGAUCAUUAUACAUCGCCUAAAAUCUAGUAUGACCGCCGUCUUAAGGCUGUGGUAUGACCUGCACACUUUAUUAGUAUUCUGAUGUGCCACAUUCAAUAUUAUGUAGAAUGUCCUGUGUACAGCUGUAGCAGUAGAUGGCGCUGUGCUUUCAGUCGACUGACCUUUUGCAUGCGUUUUUGUACCCUGCUUAAUUCCAUGUCAGUGUCUUUACUGUGAGCUGUUUCACUAAAUCAGAUCAGGCUAUUGUAUCACACAGUAUAUUAUAGGACAAUACCAAGGAAUGCAUCUAGGUAUUAGAUUAAGAAAAGAGAAAAAACAUCCGGUAAUUGUGUAUUUCUUCUCUUUGUGUUACAGAACUGAAUAAUGAUUUGGGUUUUCCUUCGGUUUAUGUAAUGAGUCAGUGCUGUGUUUCAAUGCAUUGGUGUCAUGUUUGCUAUCACCUUAUUAAUAUCUGCCAUUAUUUGAUUCUUGUGUCGGAGUGUGUGUGCAUGUGGACCAAGACAACUCAUAAUCACUAGUGCAAGGCCUUGUCUGCUUGAUGUAUUCUUGCUGUUUGUGGACUGUAUAGAAAAACACAUGCUAUAUUUAUUAUAUAGAGAGAAUCUAUAUUAUUAACUUUGAUGUUGUUGCCUACAUGGUUCUCAGAAUGGACACUAAUAUUGACACAAAGAAAUGAAAAUCAUCAGUGCUCUUAUUUAUUUUUCAUUAUAAAAUUGUUGUAUAAAAUGUACAUUGUGUUUCUUCAUCCUCUAGUCACUCUCCUCUGCUUUAGCUCUUAUAUUAUAGUACCUGAUCAUGAUGUAUUGAUCCUAUGAUCAAACCAGCUACAGGUCAGAAACCUUGGGUUGAUCAGGUGUAUCCACAAUGAGGUGCAAUCGCAAAAUGUUUUGAAUCCCAAGUAUCAUUCUUUAUGUAUCUGAUCUGUGGCACAGGGAUAAAAAUGACCAUUUAGGCAAGAAUAGUAAAGCAAAAUCAUUAUCAUGUAUUCAUGUAUUCAUGUAUUCCAGACUCUUGUGUUUAUUCUAAAAGGAGGAAAAAAAAUUAUAAUUUGUAAUGUGUUGUUACACAUUUAUUUACAACUGAAUGUAUGCAGUUUGUCUGUUUUUUAUGUGAAUGUUAUUACUGCACUGUGGUCAUUUACUACAAAGUGUUACAUUCUAAAUAUAUAUUAAAUGGUAAAUGUACCUAUUUUUAAAAAAACUCUAAAUAAAAUGGAAUUGUUCUUAUUUU